AUGACUAAAGAAUGGCUGCCCCCUCGCAUUAGUUUUAUACGCUCAGCGAAAGAUUUUAUACUGAUCUAGGGAUCCUUGAUAGUUCCUAUGCACGUACACUACAGUUAAAAUUGUACAAACCAUGGCAUCAGUGCGAUCAAGAGUUAUAUGGCUGUACAAAAAUCUGCACUAUCUUGGGAAAGAAUAUCCGAAAGGCCAGGAGUACUUCCAUGACCGGCUGAAGGCUGCAUUUCUAAAGAACAAGGACGUCAAAGAUCCGGAGCAGAUUGAGAUGCUAUUGGCUCGCGGUGAAUACGUCAUGAAGGAACUCGAAGCGCUUUACAAGUUGCGCAAAUACCGGGCGAUGAAGCAGCGAUACUAUGCCGACGCGUAGCGCCACGCCGCCGCCGCCUCCUGCCAUCACCGCAUUGUACGUACUAUAGACCUAGAACUGGUGUCACCAGCAGCGAUCGUCGAGUGUAGGUAGCGAGCACCAGUGAGCUGCCGCCAUCUUGCUGCGUGCAGGGGUUGUGAGGGUCAACAUGCGCCAUCGCUGCGCAGCUGGUGCGUUGCAGGGUAGUCGUCGUAGUUUGCCGUAGAGAGUCGCGUCGACGCAAUCGCAGACGGCGCGCCGGGUGUCUAUGUCGCGUUAGUCGGUCUGUUUUGCAAGCGUUGGUCUUGUCCGGACGAGAAGGCGAUGUCUCGUGACGGAACAUGCCGUCCCAACGUUCGUCGUCGUGAGUUGGCGCAGGAAUUCAAACUGGUGGCUGCGUGUAGGAAGAGAGAACGCCGACAAACGGGUGGCGGCCUGCUUCGGUGUGUUCUGCAUCUCGAAUUGUAGCUCGUCGGGCAAACUUACAGGAUUUGACAUGCUAGUUAAUCUAUGUAGGCUGUUCCUGUGGUGCAUGGUCUGCCAGUGUUACUCUACAGUUUAGAGUGCAGUUUUGUACAUAGCACUGUCCGUUGAAUAACUAUUUUUUAUGCAAAGAGACGUCUAAAAGUUAAUAAGAAUUUGAUAUUUUGUGAAAAGUAUUAUUACUAUGGGAGGGCAUCUGGAACAUAACUAUAAUGAAUCUACAACAGCAUACCUAUAGUAAAGAACAAACUCUAUUUAAGCUUUGUACAAAUUUGUAUUUUUUCACAUUGUCUUUAUGGACAUUAUAUAUGUGAAUCUUGAUUAAACUUUUUAUGAAUUCCAGGUGUCAUAGUGUAGCGCAUAUAAUCCAUGUCAUACAUUAGGCUUGCUAGUUUGCUGAGCUGAGUAGCAUUGGCAGUUUUCUCCACAGUUUAAUUUUGCAGAGGGCGUUAUAAUUCUUUACCUUUUUUAGUGAUACAGGAGUUAUGCGCAACAUUUGACCAAUAUUAUUUAGCUUUAGGUUCUUCCAUGUCUUUGCAGGCAGAUUAAUCGUAUCUUGUAUUGAUAUUAUUGUGUAACUGAAAUAAUACAGCAAGCUUUCUUAGUUUGUAUAUGGAAUGUGAAAUAUUCCUGACGAUGCACUUUGAUAAUUAAUGCUAAAAGAUGCCAAAAAUAUUCAAAGCAAUUUUGUUUAGAAUUUUAGAAAGAAAAUAAAGGUGGUUACCUAUUGUUAAUUCAUCUAAUUA